GAUUGAAGUUGACCCAGAAAUUACUAAGCCAUUGAACUUGGCCAAUUCGGCUGUGUUGCGCGCCGUCGAAGAAGAAGAGCAAAUGAAGUGCGAUUUAGCGUGUGGACGACAGAGUCGCUCCCGGCAACGCCGGCAACACCCUCCAACUCCUAAAUACUAUGAGGAGUACUACGAACAAGCCAUGCACACACCAGUGCACCAACAACAGUUGGAACAAAUCAAAACGCAAUACCUGUGCCAUCAGCACAACAUCACAAUCGACCGUGAUACGGUAUUGAAGAUAAAUCGCCUUGCCACACGCAAGAAUUUGCAUAAACGCGACCACAGCUGGCCGCCACCGAAUAGUGAUUACGCAAUGGAUGGCGAAGCAGUUGCUGGGGGAGCUGACGCAGUGGAGGUAGGUCGUGGUGGAACGCAGUCACUCACGCAUUCGCGCAGUUCUUCAAAAGAACAACGCCAACACCAGCAACAUCAUCAUCAGCAACAGACGAACAGCAGAAGUAGCAGCUGCAGUAGCUGUAACAACAAUGCAGUACACUUUGCGGAGAGCGUUUGUAAGCGGCACGGCAUUGAUGCGAUACGCGAGAAAUUCAAUAGUCCCACGCGAAUAAUUGAACCGACGCCCGCCGAGUUGCGGCAACGCAACAAAAUGGAGCAAAUGCAGCUGCAAAAGCAAAAACUGCAAAAAACUGUGAAAAAUAAAUUAGCGCAUGUCACCGAUAGCUCCCGCGAGACGCGCGCCAACGUCUGCACUGUUGGCACUGGUGCGUCGCAACAAACAUUGACAAAUGUGCACAAUAACAGCGCCAAUAUAUCAUCGGUCAAUGCGGCUCUAGAAUCUUUUAGCGUCGCCAUUAUACCGAAUGUAGCUACAACCACGAGUUGGCCCGCGGCCAUGACCAUGAAUGAAAUUGGCGGAGAGCUGACUAAUGUUACCACCACCACUAGCGACUACGAUGCUCUAGAUGACUGCAAUACACCGAUGGCGCGUGGCUUCUCCGCGCCCGAAACUAAAGCGGCUGAUGUGUAUAUCGGACUGGUGGAGCCACGUCGUGAUUACUUUGAACAACUGGCGCGGCAUGAGUUUGGGGCUCCUAAAAAAUGGCACAGUUAUGAAAAUAUUGCCACAGCUACAGCCGCGCGGCAACAAUUCACCACGGAAAACACUACAGCAGCCGCCAUCAAUAAUAAUCGACAAUCACAAUCGCUAGAUCGAGGUCGGAAACAACAACAACAACGUAGACGCGAGGAGUUGCCACCAUUGAAACCGCGCUCCUGUGGCAUCGGCGGUGGUGGUACAGCAAGUGGUGGCAAUAUUCCCGCAGUGCGCAUUACACCACCGUGCAGCGUCACAGAAGUGAAUGUGAUGGCAUGUAAUAGCGAGGGUCCUGCCUUUAGCAGUGGUCAAUCUUGCGCAACAAGACCAACACCACCAACGUGCAAUCAAUCAAAAACGGGUGGAAGCAUGUCGCCGCGCGUGCAACGACGCGCUAUUAAAUUGGCAACGGAAAUAAAAAUCUGUUACAAUGACAUGGACGCUGAUGAAGUGGCUGAUGCAGCUUCUAGUUAUCGUGGCAAUAAGGGGGACAUGUGUGCCGUUGACAAGCAUGAUUUGCGAGCUGAAGCAGUAACAGCACCAGUAAGAGCAGCAGAGCAACAAAAUAAGCCACGCACAUACCUAUCAAGUGAGAAAGCUUCGGACGGGAAGUCUAUUAAAAAGCGGCAGUCAAGUGAUCUGGAACAUAUACCGCUGCCACCGACGCCACAAGUUGGUAAAGAGGAGGCACCUGGAGGAAAGCAGCCGACAAGGUGCAAAAUUAGUGACUUUGGCUCAACGCGAACGUUUGAGUUGCAACGUAAUCAAAAACAGACACAGCACCAACAUCAACAGCAACCCCAGACACAGAAUCAGCACCGUCGCAGUAGCAGUGAAAGUAAUUUGAAGCAACAACCGCCGCAUUCCGCACGCAUCAUACCUAUCGAGUUGGAGCAGCAAAGUGUGGCAGAGCGUAUGGGUAAAAAGCAAGCGCCACCACGUCGCGAUCUUAGCACCGUUAGCGCGGACCAACUCUACGAUGAUGCUUGCAUCUACUUGCGCUCAAUAGAUUUAGAUGAUCGUACAGUCGCUUAUAUACCGGCCGCCAUUACGAUAGUGCCGUCACUGACCGAUGAGAUUUUGCAGCAAAGGACUGCGGACGAGCAGUCUCAAAACCUCAAAGCGGGCAUAGUAACAAGGCGAGCGCUAGAAAAACCUAGAGCCUGCUCCAAGGGUACAUCAGCUCCAAUAUCGCCAACACCUCAGCCACCCGUCACUCAGCGCAACUCUUCGCACACCAUCACCAGCAUGCCAAGGCAAAUAUUGCAUAAAAAGGCAGCGGAGAAAAAUGUAUCGAAAAUGCCAAUAACAGCAGCGAGCGGUUUUGAUGGCCACGAUGAUGCAACCACCAAUGAAAGUGUAAAGCAGUCAAAUGGCGGCAGUAGUAGUAAUCGCAAAAAUAUUGAUAACCAGUGCGCCAAUGGUUCCGAUGACAUGCAAAAUAUGCCAACACCGCCAAAUAAAGCACAUUCUGGGCACGCCACACAUGCAACCCAAUCGCCCGUAUACAAAAUCUCUGGCCAACUAUCGGGCACAGAGCAGCCGCUGAGCAAUACAGCAGCAACGCGUAAUCGCCAACCACAACAGCAGCUAAAAGUAGUGGGAAAAGUCAGUGAAAAUAAAGGUACCACAACCAAAAUGCAAGUAGGCCAACAUAGCCAACAAAGACAGCGAUUCGAACGCCCUCGUGGCAUUUACUACACUGACGGUGAAUAUUUGUAUGGGCCCUUUGGUGAAUUAGCUGGUGAGUGUGAAACUCCGAACAUAUCAGGAAUGGAGGCAGCCACUAGCGACAGUAAACAAACUUGCGUUAAUGAAAACGAGUGGCAAAUGAGCAGCAAAAAAAUGAAAACGCGGCAGCAACAGAAAAUCGGGGGCUUCUUUGCGGCCAAGGAAGAGCAGCAUGCGCGCUCAAAGCGUAUGAUGAAGGCGACAACGGCAGCUCCAACGCCAGUGUCAGUACCAGAGCAACAGAAGGAAAAUGCCGCAGAAAUUGCGGCGCUCGAGGCAAAAUAUGGGCUAUUUCAGCAAUCCAUUGCAGAGCACCUUAAACAGAUUGACACGUAUAUGGAAAAUGCAAAAGUGGCGCUUAAUCGUAGCUUGCCGCAACAAAAACUCGUAGAUAAACCAAAAGAGGUCGGAGAACAGGAGCAGGCUAUGCAGCAGACAAACUCAUCACAGCAACCAAUUUUACACAAAAUCGAUAUCCAACCGAGGCAAAUUCAGCUUCCAGAUCAACAGGUCGCUUCAACCGUACCGCCACUCGAGAGUCCCUUACAAACGCUCGCUCGCCAGUUAGUACACAAACAAGCAAUGCUUGUUGUUAGCGCCAAUGAUGAUAAUUUACAGGCAAUAGAAGAACACAGAUGCCCUCUUGUGCAGGAGAAUAUGCCUGUGGUUGAGCAAGCACUGCAGGAUUUAUCCGCAGUAAAGGUAGAUGACACUCAGACUGUCGGCAAAGUAGCACCACUGGUUGCCAAACAUGUGCAGAGCUCAGGCGGCCAAAUAGCAGUAGAUGGCAGUGUGCUACAACCAUUAAUGCAACGCCUGAUUGCGGCUCCUACUAUCGACACCGCCACCGCCACCGCACCCAGCACAACAGACCGUACUGAUACUGAAGAAGUGCUGGCAGUCGAACAUCACUUUAUGCCCACGGCGGCAAUACCAAAACGUGUUACUAUUUUGGAAAAUCUUGACGAUGUGAUUGCAGCAACUGGACGCAAGCCAACUAAUAUCGUUCUAAUUGAAAUGGACGACGAUGAUAAGGUGCAUAAUGUUAACGAUAAGGUGGCAUUCGCAAAUGACAAAGUUGAUGACAACAAUAAUUGCGCACACUUAGCCGAUGACAGCAGCAUUAAUGAUACCGCUGAGCUGGAGAAAACCGAAACCAAUAGUGAAGUGGUUGAGACCAGUGAAAAUCAGAAUUUCGAGAACUUUAGCUUGUCCUCUAAAGGCAGUGGAGAAAUAAUGGGAGGACGUGUAGAUAUCAUUGAACAUACGGCUGAUGACAGAAGCUCGACAAGGGUGGGUGCUAAAGCAACAACAAAUGUGAAAAUACCGAUAACGGGCGAGGCGACAACUUCAAUUUGCGCCGCCCCCGAGCAUGUUGUCGAUGUUGUAGCCAAUUAUGAGCAACUAGGACAGUUGCAACAAUUCAUGCCAAAGGCAACCACAGCAACUUCAAUGAAGCACGAACUAAAACAUAAACAAUCACUUCAACAACAACAACAGCGACAGGCUUAUACUAAAGCGCAACCAGAUACUCGAGUGAUUGCAGCAACUACAAAAUCUGCACCUACCACGCCAGUGUCAAGGCGACGCACAACUUCCAUUGCCGUAGAUGAGUCAACAACUAGCAAAACCACAGCACCGCAAAAGCAGGAACAACACGCACGCCUGCAAAAGCAAGUUCCGCAGCCGCCAAUACCGCCGCCACUACCAACCCCACCGCUUCGUGCAGGCAGCUUGCCGAAGGAUUUAUGCAAAAAUGUGGUUUCAGGUUAUAUUUCCACGCAUCAGUCGCAGGAACAGCUAGUUGAGCAGGUAUAUGACAUGCUGCAACUGGAAACGACGUUACAUAAAGAAAAAGAGGUGAUACUGGAGCAAGAGCAGCAGCAGCAUCACAAUCAAAUACAAACACAAGACAAGCGUAAACAAGAGACCAGCAAUCAGCUUAGAACCGGCGUUAAUACGAAAACCUCAAAUCAAAAUCGGGACCAAAAUGCGUUAGUUGGAGAACAACAGCAAGCAGCAUUAUAUGAAACUCAACAACUAAAUCAACAGCAAUCAGCAAUUUCGCCAAUAACGAAAAGUAAGCGAAAAUCAUCAAGCUCAGCAGCAAGCAGCAAUGAGAAUGUCACUGCACUGCCAGAUACAAAAUCAGCGUGCAACUCUAUAUCGGCAGCAUCGGCAGCAGUAACCGCUUUAGCGACACAAAAGGUGCCAUUAGAAGUGCCUACAAUAAAGGCUCCAGCUGACGGAGAGAGCCGCAAGCAAGUGAUUGCUGGGCGACGCGGCAAAUUAACGCUGCAUAUUCAGGACAACGCCAAAAGUGCGAGUGUGCCUGAGUGCAUGGACACUUUUGACACAUACAAAGCCACCUACGAAAUACCGAGUCCUUAUUUUAAACAGCAUAUAGCUUGGCAGUCAAUGGUGGAUGGGCCACAAAAAAUAGCAAAAAGUGUUGUUGGCACCGAAUAUGCCGCCACUACAGAUGGUGUAGGCAGGCAACAAGGAGACAAUGAAGUGCAAAUUGAUGCAGUUAGCCAUACAAUGGCCCAAGAGGCAAUAAGUGACAAUACUCAGUCCCAUGCGCCACUACAGUCAGUCAAACAGCAAUCAACGACUUCGCGCUUGUCCCCAGUAAAACCAUUUGCAAGUGAGCACUCACGCAGUCGCUCUGUCAGUCCGCGUACAAAUCGUCAAGCUAGCCGCUCGCCUAUACGCAAAUAUCCCGCUGCACUAAUUGAACCUCAUGCGCUCACACGCGCUGCCUCACCUUUCGGACUCAAUCCGCUAGACAUUGCAGAAUUGAUUGAUGGCGUUGCACACAAUAGUGCUGCCGCUGAUGCAACUAGCGAUGGUGAACAACACAAAACUUUGAAGACAGCUGUAGGCGCUCCAUUGAGUUCUACCAGCACCGUGCAGAAAAAUUUGGGCGAGUUUGUGCCGCAAUUGGAGGGUCACAAUGUUGGUUUAUUGGUGCGUGCGCCCAUCUCAUCACAAACUCAGCAAGAGCAAGCACAGCAGCAGCGAAAGAUCGCAUUGCCUACCAUGGCCACACAAAACGUUGGAAUGUUUCAAAUUGAAACGGGCAAUGCACUCACGCACAGCGCAGUCACGCAUUAUGUUGAUGCAGAGGCUAGUACUGACGAUGACGAUGGUGAUGUGGAACAGCAACAACGUACAGUUGGGAUUAAGUUGCAACGCCAAUACAAUAAAACUCACCGAAUGACUACACCUACCCCAACUUCAACUCCAUUUAACACACCAGUCUCGUCAUCCUCAUCAUUGUCUUCGUCAGCGCAUUGUGCACGUGCACGUAGUAGUCAUUCGAUGGUGGAUAAAAAGGCACAUGAUCCGGAGCCCAGUGCAACAAUAGAAAUUAUACACGACAUACAAACACAUGCUCAUACUGCAAAAAACACACAAACACACGCAAAAAUUGACAGCAGUGCGACUGAUUUAACCUGCACCGCAACUGGAAAAUUACAAAUGCCGGUUCAGGGAUAUCACAGCCAACAACAGCAACAGGAAGUUGUGCUGGGCGAUGACAGCCAGCAGCAAAGUCUAGAUAUGAUUGGGAAGCCUGCAGUAGCAUUGCAUCACCAGUGCACCGCACUGCCACGUGAUAGUGGCAUAAUUAAUCGCUCAUUUGACAAUGUUUCACCGCGUCCCUACAUCACUGUCGAAGGUUACAAGCGCGUUGCUUGGCCACCCGUAUCGGAGGAGCGUGUCGUUAGAGAAUUCACGCCACAACCAACUUCUGCUCAUUAUCCCGUAUCUGGUCAGCAACAACCAGCUGAACAGCACCAACCACAACACUUGCAGCAGCAGCAGCAGCCAUCUAAUUAUCAACAACAACAACCGAACGCUGCGCCAGCCAACCAGGGGCCUAUUUAUAAUAACGUCAGUCCUGCUACCCGCCAAAAUUCACCUUACCCUGGCCAACAACAACCACUACAGCAAAAUUAUCAACAAUCACCACUACAACAACCACAACCACAACAACAACAUUAUGAACCACCCAUACAAUACACCCAAGCUCAAUUUAAUCGCCAGCCCUCACAUGAGCCAGCUGGUCCACCGUACGGACAGCCCAUAAACGAAACUUAUGGACAACCACAACAACAACAACAACAAUAUCCCCUAAAUUACACACCUGAACAGCAAUAUCCACAACAACAAUAUGAACCUAGUUCCACAUCUGCUUGGAAACCAAUCCGUGCACCAGUACCUAAGACUCAUAACGAAUUUGUAAUAAGUCCUGUACGUAGCGGUAACGCUGAGCCAUUUUAUCCAAGCUACGGGCAACAGCAGCAACAACAACAACAACAACCGACUCAACAGUAUCGUGCGACAUCAUACGAUCAAUAUCACCCGGAACCCCAACAAUAUCAGCCACACCAGGGUUCACAACCUCCUUUUAGCCAGCAGCCCCAUUAUCAGCCACAGCAGCAGCAGCAACAACCGUCUUGGGCUCACAAUCAGCCAGCCCAACAGUAUCAGCCGGUGCAAGCGCCUUAUCAACAGGCACCGCCCCAACAACAACAACAAUAUCAAGCGCCUCCUCCAUCUAAUUAUCAAUCGCAACCAUAUCAUCAACAACAAUAUCAAGCACCUCCUCAACAACAACAAUAUUCGAGUGUGCCACAAACCAAUCAAUAUAAUUCUUAUUCACAGCCCCAACAACAUCUUGGCCAAGACCAGCCUGAUCGGCGUGCACCAGUUCAACAACAACAAGCACAGCCUUUGCCACAAGACUAUCGCGGCGGCAGUCCUGGUAUUAUAACGCUGCGCAAGGAGGCGCCUGUUACACAAAAGCCUGCACCUGUUUACAACGCGCAACCAGCGGCCAUUAGCUUUCAAGGAGGCAGCAAGAUGCGCGGAGACUUGAAGUGGCCACCACCGGAAUACAAGGAAGCCGCGGUACGUGCAAAUGAAGAGCGCCGCCAAUUGGCUUUGGGUCCGGUAUGCCGUCCACGAAAAGUCAAUCGGGACUACUCACCGUUCUUUGCGAAAAACGCGCUGAACAGCUACUAUCCCAGCUACAAAGUACCACCAGGCACACAGCACAUGUUGGCCUAAAAAUAUGAACUACACAAAGGCAUAAUGACCCCUGGAAAAAAUGAUGAAACAAAAUAUAUCCAAAAUAUAAAAAAAACUCACAAAAAAAUAUUUUACGUAAAACAGAGAAAUUUAACGAAAAAAAAUGUUACUAAUUGUACAUUUCAACGAAAAGAAAGAACAUCAACUAAUCACGAACUAACCAAUCCCCAUGGUCUCUCAUGGGUAAAAAACUAAAGAAUUUUAUUUAUAUUAUUACAAAUAUUAAUAAUGAAGCAUAAAAAUCAAAAAAAAAAAACCACGUCAAAUAUAAACUAACGAAUUUUGUUCUCAAAUCUGUACAUGAUGAGUCAAGAAGAGUAAAUAUAGGAUAAAUAAGAAUUGUUGAAGAAUAAACGAAAUGCUUUGGAGUGAGUGAAAAACUCAGUGAAGUUCGUUUGCUGAUCGGAUGUGCUCAACGAGGCUGGGGUACGUUAAAAACUGCAAUAUGAUACACGGUACUUGACACCUACAACAACUACGCGUGCCACUGAUCCAUUGAAACACAUGCCUGUGAUAGCGGAAAGGAACGGAACCACUGAAGCACGAAAAUAUUUUAGCUGUUUAUUUAUUUAGGAGCAAACAAUUCAUAAUAAUUUAUGAGUUUUUUUUAUUUUUUUUUCUCCCUUAAAUUUAACAAAACGAAUGUGGUGAAUUUGUUGAACUGUCGGCGUUCAUAUUUAUGUGCGCAAGUGCAUAAGUUGAAUGACGGCAGAAAAAUUGAAAGUUUAAAUAACUUAGUUGUAAGAAAAAACAAACGACGUCCACUCGAUGUAAAUUAGUAUUGUAUACAUAAAUACUUGGACACCUACGAGAGGUGAGAAAACUCGCACCUUUAGUGGGUGAAAAACGUACAAUAGCAUUCUAUAAAGACCGAAUGCAGGAAAAUGAGUUUUCAAAUUAAAACAAACGGAAAUACCAAUUAUGGAAGAAACAGAGUUAUUACAACUUUAAACUGAAAACUAAAAAACUACAAAAACUUGGUAACGAACUUUGGCUUAUUGAUCUAUGGAUGGAAUGAUUUUGACAUAAUGGAUGAUUUUUUUUUUUUUAAUGCAAGAAACUUCUGGGAAAUAAACUUCUAAGAAGUCGUAUUUAAUUUGUUUUCUAACUUAUUUAAUGUUAUUAAAAUGCAAAAACUUGCAACAUAUUUUCUUUACUUUGAUUUUAAACUUGUUAUUGCAUAAUAAAAAAAACACAAAAAAAAUUAAUAAAUAUAAAUAAUAUAUAAUAUAUUACAAAAUAUAUUAAAUAUUAGUUUUCUCCAUUUAUUAUUAAGUAAAAAAGAGCAUACAAAUAAAAAAGAGCAUAAGCAACUUGUUAUACCAACAACAACAGGUUGCCUACCUUAGACGUAAGCGUAAUAAUAACUUAGAGCAAAAAAAAAUAUUAGAUUUAGGGACACAUAAUUAAAGGAGCAGCACACAUGCCCAAUUGAGGUGUGUGUGUGUUAAGAAUCACUAAUUAAUAUUUACACAUGAAUACACAAAUGUGGAAACUAUGUAACUACUUAUACACAUAGUUAUUGGAAGCUUAUAUAAAUUAUACUUAUUAUAAAAAAUACAUCAUACGAAAUUGGACAAAAAAAGAGCGAAAACCAAAAACUAAAAAAACAUGUCAAAAAAAUUAUCGCAUUACCUCAGUGUUGCGCCAUUUGUUCAUUUGGCAUGGCUAGCUGCGGCAAGUGAGUGCUCGCCCUGUAGGCUAUAACUUUUUAACACCGAGGAUGCCAAUAUAGCCUUUAGGGCACACCCACUUGCUUAAAGUUCGCCAUGCACAAUUGCACCAAUGUGCCAUGCACACUGAACAUUUUAGAAUAUGAAUUUAUGAUAUUCAUCUUUUCAUUAAUCAAACACACAUCUCAGCAAUUAAGCACAUAUACGCACCUUCUGUGUGUAUUUGUAUUUUUUUGCUCUCGAAACGAACUACCGGCUAAUUCGUACUGGCUUUACGACUGGAUUAUGACAAAAAAUAUCAAAUGUUAUUGGUUCAAAAAUAACAAACUCGAACCAUGUACAUAAAUACCUACACAUAGCGAAUGAUUUGUGCUCAACCCUAAAUCAUUCAAUAUGAAAACACGGAAAAUUCUAAAAAAAAAAAAAACAAAUAA